CACUGCCACGGUGCGCGCAUUGUUGUAGUGGUAGUUUUCUCCAGGGCAGACCCCGGUCGGGUGCCACUAAAAAUAGUACAAUUCGGCCUGGAUUUUUUGGGUGAAAAGAUGUCGUACUCUGCAGUCGGCAGUAGUCGCUGUCGUCCCAGGCUCGCCUCCGGUCAGACACCGCAACCCUGUCCAUUCACCACCCCAGGUUCUCGCACCCGCCUCACCCUCCCGCGUUACCAACAAAAUGGAACGCUGGCAGACGGAGAAACUUUUGCGUUCGUUCCUUCGUUCUAUUUAUUGCCUGAAUGUGGUCCGGACGCGCUCCGUCGUCUGACGACAGUCUACGUUUGGCGAGCGUCUGUUUCACUCCAACGGUCUGUCGUUUUUGUCUUGCCUUCCUCCUUUUGUAUCUCGCUCGUACGCCUUGCUCUCCCUCAAUCUCUUUCUCUUUCUGCUUGUAUGAUCGUUUCGUGUCCAAGCGAUUUUCAUUUUCGUCCACGAUCGCAUUGCUCGCGGAUGCCUCAGCCCCGGCUCAGUUGGCUCGAGAAUCGCGGAGGAAGACUUCGGCGGCGGUGGUAGCGACUGUAUCACAUAAUCUGGGGCUGGAUAGGCUCCGGGUGAAUUGAAACUUAAACCAGUUUAGUAAAUGACCAGUUUUGCCAAAGUUUGCGAUUUAAUUCUUAUCAGUUCCGUGCUGUGAGUUUUGUGUAUAUCACUUGAAUAUCUGAUGGAAGCGCCUGGUCUUUCACGUUAGUGUGAAAAGUGUCCCCCGUCUAGGUUCCAUUUCAAGAAUAUGAUCGGUUUUUUUGCCGUAAAUAGUGAGUCUUUUCAUUCUUUUUUUUAAUUCAUUUGCUACUUAAGGUGAUUAAACGACAAGAAAACAAAACCAUAAAUCCUUUCCCCACUGUUCCACGUGCGCGUGUGUGUGUGUGUGUGGGCACAAGUCUUUGCUAACAGGGGGGUAAUAAGAUCGAGAUCUUAUGUACGAAAACGAGGAUCAGACCUCAACACCGAAUUCUCGCUACACUCGUUUUAAUGAAGAAAAAAAGUUCACCAUGUGAUAUAAGUGCGCACUAUUCGUGGACGGACGGAUCGACGGUGAUGAUGGGCUUGUGAUGGACCGAGCAGUGAAUCGUUCAGGAGUGAUGUACGAUCGCUUAUGCACGAAGCACGCGAUCAAGUAGUUUGGUCUUUGGUACAGUAGAGAAGAAAAAAACGAAACAAACGCGACAUAUGUCCCGGUGGCCCGUUACGAAACGCGAACCACCGCUGGAGACCUGGAACACACGUGUUACCUCAUCUGGAAUCGCCGACAACCGCCUGUGUGCUCUCGUUGUGUGUUAUUUGUGAAGCGUGUGCGAACAAACAUGGACUGAUCGUGGUUCGGGGAGGUUUUUUUUUUAUUUUUGUUUGAUUUGCAAUUUGUUUCCCAUCAGUCGACAAACCGAUGCGUGUAAAGCGAGCAGAUUUACAGGACUGGUAACGAGUUUUUGGGGUGCUAUGCACUUGUGCACUCAUCGAACGUACUAAAGCGAAACUGCAACGAAUUCAAUCGUUUCCGUCCGUUCAAGUGACCUAAAAUUGGCCUUUAUUUUUAAAAAUGGACGCCGCAAGCACGCACCCACUUGGAGGUCGCCCCGGUAGCUGCACCGGAGGUGGUGUAGGCAGUGGUGGCGGUGGUGGUGGUGGAGGUGGAAGAAUGCCAGGAGGAGCAGCAGGCAGUUCAAGUCCGCAACAGUUCUGCCUUCGAUGGCACAAUCAUCAGGCAAGUCUACUUAGCUCGCUACCGUUACUGCUCGAUCAGUCACACCUUACCGAUGUAACGCUAAUGGCGGAAGGGCAGAAAAUCAAAGCGCAUCGCGUUGUGCUGAGCGCGUGCAGUACAUUCUUCUCCGAGCUGUUCCGUACGCUAGAUGGCGCACAGUAUCCGGUUGUGGUAUUGCCCGGUGCUUCGUAUCACGCCGUUGCCGCACUGAUCACCUUCAUGUACUCGGGCGAAGUGAACGUGUACGAAGCGCAAAUAUCCGUCCUGCUUUCGCUGGCCGAAACCCUGGGCAUUAAAGGAUUGGCCGACUUCAAUAGUAAUCCCAACAAAUCGAGCACUCCUUCGACGGAAGCAUCAUCGUCGAGGGAUUCGGACGUACCUUCGCCUUACCAUUCGAUGAAGGUGUCCUCACCGGUGGACAAUUUCUUCGCCCGACCGUACGCGUUCGGUUCGGACAUGUUUGAAAUGCGUAACAAUGCCCAGGCACUCAAUCUGAUCACCAACGCUGGAGGAUCGAAUGGAGGAUCGAACGGUGGUGCCAGUGGAGCGAAUCAUCACAACGAUGGAUAUUCGGGCAACUCCACCAGCACAGCAAAUGCUUGCAACACAAUCGCGGGGAAUCUUUCCUCCAAGUCACUAACUUCCAGUGAACUUUAUGCGCGAUUUGAAGCCGAACGUAACGAGCAACUCUCCGCGGAAGCACUGUGCAAGAUGAACGAACUUAAUCUGCACGCCGAAAAUGCCAUGCUAAAGGAGAAACAGCAUCACCUGAAUCGUUCCAGUACACCGAUACGAUCGGCUUACGCACAUCAACAGCACCAACCCUCUGCUGGCGAAAGUCGCACGAUCGUCGAUUCGCCCAUGUUUGGGAACUUUGGCAACGAUAACACACGGGACUGCAAGCUACCGAAUGGGCCGCUGCUGCUGGGCAGCUUGAAGCUGAAGGAGGAAGAUAUCUCCGACAGCAUCCAUCAGCUGAACCACUCGUACGGUUCCGUACCUUCGACGCCGACACCGCAAACACCAGGACUGGAAGAUGCGGGUCGCGUCACCCAAACAACCACGACGCGCAAAACGCUCAACGCCCACGACACGGCAACGAACAAGCGGAAAAAGUUGGAACAAAUCACGGAAAACCUGUUGGAAACGCUCAAACAGUCAUCCGAAGGUAGUAAGCUGCCGUUGCAUCUGUUCAACAAACCACCCACCGUAACGCCCGUCAGCAACACACAGAACCCGUACCUUGCCCAUCAUUUCCUCACCAACGAAAGUGCCUCCAAGACGCCGGAAAAUUUUAGCUUAGAGUCCUCCCAUCCGAACGCAGCUUCCAACACGAACACACGUGCCUCACCGAUUGCUACGGCCACAUCCAUCGGAACGGCCUCUUCGCCAACUACCACGACGCCCGGUUCGCUACUUGCGCUGGCACCAUCACCCGGUAGCGCAAACGAGAAUCUCAUCAAAACGCUUCACAUUACCCAUCCGUCACAAAUAGUGGCCCUGCAGCAACAGCAGCAACAGUCACCGCAGCAACCUUCCACGCAGAAGCCUCCAUCCUCGAAGCUGUACGCCACUUGCGGCAUAUGCAACAAGCAGCUGAGCAACCAGUACAAUUUGCGCGUUCACUUGGAAACACAUCAAAACGUCCGCUACGCGUGCCAGGUAUGUCCGCAUGUAUCUCGAAGCAAGGACGCGCUACGCAAGCAUGUCUCCUAUCGCCAUCCGGGUGCACCGAGUCCCUGCGAUCCCGAUACGAAGCGAAAGCGCUCCAAGGGUACUACGUACAGCCAGCUUGCCAAGCAGCAGGAUGGACUCGCUGAACAGCAGGCCGCAGCCAUCCUGAACCAUCAGCAACAGCAACAACAGCAGCAGGCCAGCAAUUUGCUUGCAAACCUAACCUCGCAGAGCUCGUUGCCCUCGUUGCUGCAGACUUUUGCGGCCCACCACAAAUCGCCCGCAUUGCUUUUCAACCAGACAGCUUCAGUAGCGGCACUGGCACAGUCGGCAACCUGCUCGACCACGACCACAACAGCGAUGGAAGCGGCAGGAUCACCGUGCAAUGUCCCGUCUGGCGGUAUUAAGCGAGAACCUACCGCUAGUGAGCCGGGAGAACCAAAGCCCGAAGGCAAGUCAAACGAGCCGAAAACGGAUGACCCAACAGCGACCAAACAAUCUGACAAAGACAUUUAAAAGACCUCGAUUGUGCUUGUUACACUACAAGGGGGAAGGCGUCUUACACCAAAGGAAAACGGUUAAAGAACAGCAUCCAGCCAAGGCCCGCUGGGCAAGGCUGGGGAAAUUUUACUGAAAAAAGACAUUAGGUUAACGAUUUACGCUAUAUACGCUAGUACUAAUAGAGACACUUUUGGGGUCCGUUGCGUACAGUGCGCAUCGUAUCCCACCGGCCCCAAAAACCUAUCAGGUGGACCCAGUGCCAGUCCCGAUCAGAGACAGACAGCGACGACUGGUAGCGUUGACUGUUGUUUCUCAAAGCAAAAAUUGACGAUUAUAUUCACUCUUCGAAUUGAAUUUUAUGUUGUUUUACAAACAUUUUUGGUUCGGUUUAUGUUUUUUUUUUGUUUCAAAGCACAAAUCUCUCAUUUCGUUCAGUUUACUUAAACUUGUUCCCUAGCUGUGAUAGUAAGACAAUAUUUUGUAUAGACCUGUAACAACUCUGAGUAAGACCUUAUUUCGUGCGAUCCUGUUAUCCGGUGCAGGUGGAGCGAUGCGCAACGGCUGAUCGAUUCGAGAUCAGCCGAGAUCGCGGAUCCGCUUUCAAUUGCGUACUUCAAUUUGUUGUUGACCGUGGUUAAUAUGUGCCUUAGAUAGGGAUGAAAUCUUGUACUACAACGGAUACUACUACCUCACCGACAUCGACGCAAAGAUCGAGCAACAUUGAUAAGCAGGAUGCCAAUAGGAAAGCGAACUCAUUUGCGUGGAAAUGAACGUGUAAUGCAAAUGCCAAGGAUAUACUGGUCGCUCCCAUGAUACCUGUGCCGAUAGGACGAAAUCCUCCUUAAACUAUUAAAAGACAUUUAAUUACCUACCCUGCCUGCCAAAAGCACGUUCAGGACGUUUGAAAACCCAAUGUUUGUUUAUUAGUUCCAUUUUGUUGUGUAGUUACCUAUUUGGUUCUAACCGAUCCGGAGCAAGUGCCUCCAAACUAUGUUUGAUCUAGUCUUUACCCUUAUGCACCUACCUUAUUUCGUUUAUCCUCCUCCUACACUCACACCCAACGCCAUGAAAAGCUGGCAGUUGAGCAGCGGGCUCACAUUGUUCAGGUGGCAGUUGUUGUUGUUGCUUGUGGUAAAGGGAUAAGAUUUUUUUUCUUUUGCUUUCUUAAUGAAACGAAACAGAAACUUCAAAAAAGACAAAACCUUCUCUUAUAAGCAACGAUAGGCUAAUGAAAAUCUAAUUAUAUUUGACCAUAUUUUAACAAAAAAAAACCAACCCAGCAAAGUGUGUUUUCCGCGUUCUGGUUGAAAAAGACACACAUAAGCGCGAUACGUUUACGGCGUAACAUACGUUAGGAAAAUGCAGAAUGUUACCACCAUGAUCAUUACCCGGGGGAGGUUCACGACGCGAACCUCCAAAACGCAUGAUCGUACACUACUAUCACUUACUAGCGUGUGGAGAAAGUGUUAUUAGAUAAUAGCUAUCUAUUGAGCAAUGUAAUAGUGAAAAUUUUGAUUUAAUUAAAUAUGAAUAAUGUUGAUCUUUU